AUGCGUCAACCGGAAGGUGAUAAGCAAUUUCUAUCGGCUCUUUCAGACUUAAAGACUGUGACAAUGUACAAGUUCAUCCGGACAGUAUCUCUUGUACUUAGAUGGAGCAUACCACUGGCGUUACAAGUAGCAGCCACACGCAUUCUUCUAAACUGAAGAAAAGACUAGACGAAGCGGUGGAAAAUGCUUCGUGUUUUGUCCAAAAAUAUUCGAAAAUAACAGUAAAAUGAAAAAUGACGUUCCAGUCCCAUCUGAGGCCGAGUUAAAGUCCUUCUUGUUUGUAACAAAGGGUAGAACUAUUGAAACUGUCCCAAACCUCUAUGACAGGAAGUAUUUGGACACGCAAUACAAUGAACUGCUGGGAGCCUGCGCUAAAGUGAACACUGAAACGAUGACUGAACAAGCAACAAUUAUUGUAAAAGAUACUAGCAAUCAAUCCAGUUGCAAUGCCUUUUACCGCAAGCAAACAUGUCAAACUAACCCAGUU